ACGCCUGCUUUAAAUAGUUCGCAUUUUAUAACAACGCUUUCAGUUUUGCAUCAAUCGGGCAUUCGAAAGCAUCUAAGUAUACAGUCGCGGAAUAAACCAAAGUUCUACCGAAUCCGCAAGUAUAAAGUUGAAAUGGAUUUCUACUAUCUUCUUGUGUCGGCACCCUGUCGUUCCAUUCUAAUGCUCGCCAAAGCCUUAGGUAUUGAACUCAAUCGAAAGGAGUUAUUCCUGGCGAAGGGUGAACACUUAACACCCGAAUUUCUGAAGAUAAAUCCACAGCACACUAUCCCAACAUUGGUGGACAAUGGUUUUUCUAUCUGGGAAUCACGCGUCAUACUCAUAUAUUUGGCUGAGAAAUAUGGCAAAGAUGAUUCGUUAUACCCCAAGUGCCCUCAGAAGCGGGCUUUGGUCAACCAACGACUCUUCUUCGAUCUUAAUUUGUAUUCCUGCUUUGCUGAAUAUUACUACCCCAUUGCAAGGGAUAAACAGCCGCCUGUGCCAGAGAGUUUGACAAAACUUCAAGGCCAAUUGGAGUUUCUCAACACCUUUUUAGAAGGACAAACGUACGUGGCUAAUAACAGUAUGUCUAUAGCCGAUUUUACCUUACUUGCUAGCGUUGCGAGUUUUGAAGCUACCGGCAUUGAUUUGAGUAAAUAUCCGAACAUAAUUAGAUGGUAUCAGCACUGCAACAAAACUCUGCCCGGCGCAGAUGAGAAUAAAGAAGGAAGCGCACUGUUUUCGAAAUAUUGGGAUUAAUUGCUCCAAUGUUUGUAUUGAGAUCUGGAAAUGUUUUAAUUUCAAAAUCUAUAUCAAAAAUGUUCCAUUGUAUGGAUAGUUCAUAUGUCUAUCAACAAAGCAUUAACUUUUAUUUGUUAUCAACUAAUCAAUAAAAAAUUUUUAAUCACUUAGCUGCAAAAAAA